AACAAUCCACCACCGCUCCCAUAAAAAGAACAGCAAACAAAGAGGAAAGGCCAUCGCAGGCUGUAGUCCGGCCGCCGGCAAGCAACAUCUCCGGUGGCAGCCAGCCAUGGCGUCCGCCGUAACAGGAGCUAACAGCCAUGGGAGAGCCCUGCACACCUGCGCAGCCUCCUCCAGGCCCAGGGCGCUCACAGGCUGGAGCAGGCGCACGCUCGCCGUGCCCGCACACCGUGCGCCGUCGCCGAGAGCUCGGGUCGUCGUCCGAGCCAGCGCCCAGCGCGCGACCUGGCUGCCCGGACUGGACCCGCCUGCUCACCUCGACGGCACGCUACCGGGUGACUACGGCUUCGAUCCCCUGGGGCUCGGGGAGGAACCGGCGAGCUUGAAGUGGUACGUUCAGGCCGAGCUCGUACACUGCCGGUUUGCCAUGGCAGGGGUCGCCGGAAUCCUUGUAACUGACUUGCUCCGUGUAUCAGGGAUCCGGGACCUACCGGUGUGGUUCGAGGCAGGUGCAGCGAAAUUUGACUUCGCCAACACCACGUCACUCUUCUUCGUCCAGCUUCUCCUGAUGGGAUUCGCUGAAACCAAGAGGUACAUGGACUUCAUCAAUCCAGGAUCACAAGCAGAGGAAGGAACCUUCAUAGGGCUAGAGGCUGCACUUGUAGGUUCACAGCCAGGCUACCCCGGGGGUCCACUGUUUAAUCCGUUAGGACUUGCAAAAGACAUAGAGAAUGCGCAUGAAGAGAAGUUGAAAGAAAUCAAGAAUGGGAGGCUGGCAAUGGUAGCCAUGCUUGGCUUCAUGGUGCAAGCAUCUGUAACUCAUGUUGGCCCCAUCGACAAUCUUUUGACACAUCUUUCGGAUCCAUUCAACAAAAAUAUCAUUCACACACUCUCCUCUUCCUGAGAAUUCUGUCCCCAUACCUCUGCUUUUCACUGUACGGUGCUGUGGCACAAAAACAACACACAAUGCUUUCUAACAGGAAGUGCAUUAUUUUAGCUUUCCUCUUUGCAAAUUUUUCAAUAAUGAAAACUGAAUAUGGAACUUCAAUAGCUAUCAAA